GAAGCAGUGGCAGGGGAGAGAUGUCAGACCUGUUCGUCAAACCCGGGAACCAGGACCGCGGCUGGAAUGACCCUCCCCGGUUGUCGUACGGUUUACAGACUUGAGCACAGAUUGGUCAAAGGAAACCGCUCCUCACAAAGAGAGUGGCAGCACCUCAGCUGGAAGUUUGUGGAGCGGCUGGAAUUCCUCCUGCAUUAACACCCCCUGGCAGUUCCAUAGCCAGACAGAGUAGGCUGGCACCUCCACCCAAAAUUCCCAGCGUGUCUCUCCCCUGCAAACCUGCACUCAGCUCUGCGGGCGCUGAUGAUUGUGACAUCAAGGUGGAGGAAGUUUUAGCUCCACUGAAUAAAACGCUGGAGGCUUGCAGGACGUCAGUGAAGAAACAAGGUGAUGGUAUUGGCAGACGUCAAACAAUGCUGCAAGACAUGUGGCAGAACGGGAAGCUGUCAUCAGUGCAAAGGAGGAUGCAGCAGCUUGCACAAGCAAUGGCGAGCUGCCGGUGGGAUGCUGUCGAUGACCUCCACACAUCUCUGAUGGUUGACCACGGUGAGGUGGGACAGGGGAUGGUGGGAGUGAAACGGCUCAUUGCUGAAACCAAAAAUCUACCACACGACCCGACUGCUGGUGCUGCCCCAGAGCUGAAUCAGGGAACAGUGAUAUGGGGAUUAAUAAACAUAAACUGCUCUACCAUCAAAUCACAGAGCACAAGUCUCACUCAUCCAGAAAAUCCAACUGUGAAAUCCUACAAUGUUAAACUGCUCACAUUUUCUGCAGCAGGGAAAGCACUGCUCAUGGAGUUUGUUAACCACAGCCACACAGACCCAGUGAAACAAGGCGAGCGCCUUGCUGUAGCAGUGGAAACUUUAGAGAUCAUGAACUAUAAAAAUGAGAUUAAUUUCAGUGGUUAUGAUAAUUGA